CUUCCCGUACUUGAUCCAUUUCAUCCCAGCGUGGUUAACUUUGUGAAAGAUCCGGAAAAACUUUACGAGGGUAUAAGUUAUUCCAGUUUUGAAAACAACGUUCUUCGAAUUAAUUGAAGGCGAAGGUUUCGUUUCUGCACAAUACAGAAAAGUUGCAAGGCCUUGAGGGACGAUUGUUACGUUCUUCUUUCUGAUCCUGACAGAAAACUGCGUUUGGUUCCACAGUAA